AUGAAUUCAACGAGUCAGAGAAAAGUUUUCGUAUUUGUAAUUGAAGCUGGAAUCAAGUUGGAAGCAAAAAAUUCGACUAUAUGUACAGCUGCCAUUUUGACGUACCGGGUAUUGAGGAAAAGUGCUGCUGCUCGGUUAUGUCCUUAUACCAUUGCUUCAGCAUGCCUUUUAUUAGCGGCUAAAGUGGAAGAAGACGAUUUGGUUAAAACAAGGGAUGUCGUGAAUGUUGCUUACAGUAUACUUCAUCCUCUUGCACAAACCUUGCAACUUGAUGAAGAAUCUUGGGCUUUACGGACGAGUUUUUCACGAAUGGAAUAUAUUGUAUUACGGUUAUUGAAAUUUCGGUUAACUGUAGAUAAUCCACAUAAGUAUUUGCUGCACUACAUCUCCUCCCUUAUGCACUGGUGUCCGCAUGAGUUCGUUAAUUACCAUAUCGGAACCAUAUCUUUCAUUGUAUUACGUGAUGCGCAUGCAGAUCCCGACUGGAUACUUUCUCAUAGUCCACAAACAAUCGCUAUUGUAUGCCUUGGUGUUGCUCUUCGUUUAACUAAGGUUUCAAUUGGAGUUCGUUGGUACUCAGUUUUUUACUCAUCUAUGACGAAGUCGAAAUUACGACGCUUGGAAGAAGAACUGAUAGAACUGAUAGCUAAAGAACAGGAAUGA